AUGUAUAUCAGCAUAUUAUUUUUUAUUAUUAUUAUAUUUUUUCCAUAUUUUGUAUAUUUAUGCAAUUAUAAUUUACUUGAAACUAGUGGUACUAUUAUAUUUUUAUCAUAUAGUAAUAAUAUUGAAUGUACAUGGACAUUUAAUUUAUCAACUAAAAAUUAUUUUCGUCAUCUUUUAUUAACAUUUCGUCAUUUUGAUACUGAAUAUGGACAUGAUGAAUUAUCUAUUGGCGAAACUAUACCUGAUGUAUCAAAAUAUAAUUCGAAAUUGUUUCGUUUUUCAGGUUCGAAAUUACCUAAUCCUUGUUUAAUUCCACUUCGUGGUGAUAUUUUAACAAGAUCUAUAUGGAUUCAAUUUAUUAGUGAUGAAACUACUACUGGUUCAGGUUUUAUUAUUGAUUAUAUAUUUCUAGUCAAUCAAUCCACAACUGCAAUAUUAAAAUCUCAGGAACUACUUAUCGAUGCUGAAAUUCGUCAUCCAUUAGAAUAUAAAUCUCAAAAUUCUCAUUUAACUUAUACAUAUCCAUAUGGAACUAUUUCAAGUCCAAAUUAUCCAAAAAAUUAUUCAAAUAAUAUUAUAUGUCGUUGGCAUUUAUAUCAUCGAAAUGCAUUUAUUCGUUUAUAUAUUAAUAAUUUUCAUACUGAAUUACAUUAUGAUACAUUAACAUUACAUCUUGGUCAAAAUUUAAAUAAUCGUGCAAUGAUUUUAUAUGAAUGGUCAGGUUAUGAUAUUGAUAAUAGAAAUUUAUUUAUUCGAAAUGAUAAUUUAUUUCUUAUAUUUAAUACGGAUAACUCAUAUAAUGCAUCUGGUUUUUCUCUUAAAUAUGAAGUUAUUGAAAAAGAAAUUUAUACUUGGAAUAUAUAUGAAGACAGUGGAAUAAUUCAUUCAAAAUAUUAUCCAAAAUUUUUACGAACAAAUAUUGAAUAUACAUGGAUUAUUCAUAUGAAUUCUUCAAAUGAAAUUAAAAUUAAUCUUAUUGAUAUAAAUCUUGAUUAUGAUUAUGAUUAUUUACAAAUUAUAACAGAUACUACUUAUCCAUUAAAUAUUCCAAAAUCUUUUCGAUUACAAACAAUAAAUGAAACAAAAUUAAUUCUUCGAACAAAACAUUCAAAUGAUGAUUAUCAAUAUCGUGGUUUUAAUUUAACAUAUCAAAAAUUAAAUCAAACUUCUAUUAAAGAAAAAAAUCAAUUAGAAAAUUUACCAUGUGGAAAAAUAUAUUCAUCAUUUAAUGGAACAAUUGAAUUUCAUUAUGAAAUUUUUACAUCAUUUGAUUGUUUAAUAUUAAUUGAAGUUGAUGAUGGACAAAAUAUUUUUUUACGUUUUGAUUAUUUAAAUUGGGAUAAUAAAGAAAAUUAUAUUGAUAUUGGUCUUUUUCAUGAUCCAAAUCAAUAUCAAAUUUAUCAUAUAUCAGAUACAUUACCAGGUACUUGGUUUAUUGCAAAUCAUAGUCAACUUUGGAUACGAUUUCAUUCCAGUCAAUUUUCAUUAGGAAUCUCUACAUUUCGUUUAUUUUAUUCUGAAACAAUUCAAUGGUCAACUAUUUCAUCCGAACCAUAUACACAAAUUUUAGAUGAUAAUAGAUUAUUUCCUUAUCGAUUAAUUAGUUUACCAACAAAUAGUAUUUAUCAUAAUUUAACACAAGCUUAUAUAUGGCAUAUCAAAGCAUUAGAUGAUGAAUGUAUUAAGAUUAUUUUCCAAUCUUUUGAAGUUGUUGAAGAUCGACGAUUAUGUUUUUAUGUAAAAGAUUUAUUUAAAACAAUACAAAUAUGUAAUAAUGAACAAUUUCCAUUUGUAUAUCAUCAUAUUGGAUCAUGUACAAUAUCUAUUGAACCAGAAUUUUCUUGGAUAUUAGUUAAAUAUAAUAUUCAAAUUGAAAAAUUUAAGAAAAUUACAAAGAUUAAUAAAAUAACUUUCAAAAAUGCUCAUAUGGUAUUAUUACCAUCGAUAAGAAUGCAUCCAUUUAUUCAUAUUGAAUGGUUAGUUUCUAUGGAUAAUAGUUCGAUAAUUAUUUUUGAUAUUGAAAAUUUCGAUAGAGAUACAACAGCUGAAUUAAUUAUUCGUCAAGAUGAAAAUAUUACGAAAACAUAUUUAUUAGAAAAAAUAUCAUUAAAUCGUUUUAGUCAUAUAUUAUUUACUUUAAAAUCUUCAUUUCAAAUUAUUUAUAAAUCAUUAUUAUUAUCGAUUGAUAAUCAAAAACGAUUAUUUCGUAUUAAUCUUCAUAAAAUAUCAAAAACAUAUUUUUAUUUUGGAGAUUUUCAUUAUAUUUCAUGGAAACAAAAUCAAUCGCAUUCUAUAUGGACUAUUGAUGGACAAUAUAAAAAUUCAACAUUUCUAGCAAAUUUAUUUUCUUCAAAUGAAAAUUUAUUACUUGAAACAACAGCAGAUGUUAAUCUUUCAAUGAAUAAUUCAUUAAUAUAUAUUCCUAGUUCAAAUUUUGAUAUUCGUUAUAAAUCACAGAAUGAAUCAAUUAAUUCAGAUUUUAUUUUAAUUCUUUAUGAACAAAAAGAAAAUAAAUCUAAUCAAAAUAUUAUCAUAAAUAAAACUUCAGACAUAAUUGAAACAAAUAAUUAUGCUUAUUAUAAUAUUGAUAUACAAUUAAAAAUUUUUGAUUUAAUUGAUUUUAUUAUAAUUAAUGCAGAUAAUGGUACACUUAUUCGUUUAUAUGAUUUAAACGUUAACCAUAGUGGAUAUUUUUUAUUGAAUUCAUCUUUGAUAAUAACAAAAGGAAUAACAUCACUUAUUGGUUUACGUUUUUCAAUUAGAAGUUUAAAAAUAAAAAUCGAAUUACAAUCAUUAACAAAAAAUUCAAUAAAAUUACGUUAUAAUAUUCGAACUUCAUCAAUUCAAAAUAAAAAUUUACAUCAUUGUUUCAUAAUCGACACAAACGUACACAAAAAUAAUAAAAGUCAAACGUAUAAUGAAUCAUGUUCUAACUGGUUUGAUCAUAUAUCAACGCCAAUGAAUAACACGAGAAUCACUCAUUUAUGGCCAUAUGCAUUUCGUGGUAGCGUAACAUUGAUUAUUGAAAAUACGACGAUUGAAAAUUUUGAGCAAACAAUUUACCGUAAUUUACGUCAAAGUAUAGCAAAAAUUAUACGUAAUUUUUGUUUAAAAUAUCAAGAACAUUGUUUAAGUGAAGAUAUAGAUUCGAUUAGAACUGAUCAUGUUAUUAUACAAAGUUAUGAAGAACAAUUAGAUAAUCAUCAUUUAUAUGUAUCAAUAUUUAUUAAAGACCCUUAUCGUCAAACAGUAGCUUUAACAAAUGAUCAAUUUUUACUAGCACUUAAAUACAAUCAACAAGAAAUUUAUCAAGAUAUAAAACAUCAUAUUAAUUUACCAUCCAACGUUUUAGAACAAAAUCCAUUAGAUUCAAUUUGGUUAUAUGGUGUUUGUUUACUUGCUUUAAUUGUGCUCAUUGUUGUUGUUCUUAUGUUAAUUACUAUUUUUAUGAGAAGAACAUCUCAAUCAACAAAGAAAAUUAAUAAAAAUAAACUUAAAAAAAAUAUUUCAACUAAAAAAGAUGAUAGUUUUUUAAUUUCAUGUCCAAUACAACAAUUAACUAAUGAAUAUGAUGAAAAUAAUUUAUCAUUAUGUAAUAAUAAUGAAACUCUUAGUUCACAAAAAUCAAAUGCAAAUUUUAUAGAAAAUAUAUCUCCACCAACAUCUUUUUAUCAUUAUCCAACAAAUCAUGCAUCAUAUUUUAAUAGUACUAUUGAAACAGCUAUGAAAGAACGUCUUGAUGACGAUGAUGAACCGAUACCAUUUAUUGAUGAUAAUCUUUCUGUUACACAUAGUAGAAAAAGUAGUGUUUGUUGGAGUGAUAAAACAAGUUUAAGUGGUCGAUUGAAUUUAACAUGGAAAUUAAAUAGACUACGUUCAACAUCACAAAAUCGUUCAACAUUAUCAAAUGAAAAAGAAAAACGACGAUAUCAUCAUCGAACUGUUCGAUACGCACAAUCAUCAUCACAAGAAAAUUAA